UAUCUCCUUUUCUUGGCCUUUUGCUCACACGUACAAUUUUAAAAUCAUAGGCAUCUCGUCUUCGAGAUCGUUCAUUCAGCAUUGGCAUCUAGUUCCCUUUCUUUUGCUUGAAUGACCACUUCCAACUACUCAAAUUUGAGGAAGAAAUUCCAUUUUGAUAGUCCAGAACCCACUCCUCUAGCAUGGAACUUACUGUUAACGCUGAAAUGGGUGAUCCAGGAAAUGAGUUAGGGUAUGACAGAGCCAAAGAAGUGAAGGAGUUCGAUGAAACAAAACAUGGAGUUAAAGGGCUAGUUGACUCUGGUGUCGCCAAGGUGCCAAGGUUCCUCAUCCAUCCAUCGGAGAGCCUUCCAAAGUCAUCUCCAGCUACGUCCGUACACUUCCAAGUUCCAGUGAUAGAUCUCCGAGGCCUUGAAUGUUGCUGGCAGACGGAGGUUAUCGAUGAAAUACGUGAAGCAUCAGAAACAUGGGGUUUCUUUCAAAUGGUUAAUCAUGGAGUUCCAGCUAUGGUCUUGAACAACAUGAUAGAAGCUGUGAGACAAUUCCAUGAGCAACCAAAGGAGGAGAAGAUGCAGUGGUACUCACGAGAUUACAAGCAACGAGUGAGGUAUUACUGCAACGGUGACCUCCUCGUGUCGAGAGCAGCAAAUUGGAGGGAUUCAAUCGCGUUUGAUUUCCAAGAUGGUUCUCUAAACCCUGAAGAAUUUCCCCUAGUAUGCAGGGAGGCUGUAAGCGAAUAUAUGAAAUACAUCAUCGAACUAAGCACGAGGCUCUCAGAAUUACUAUCAAAGGCUUUGGGGCUUAGCAGUGACUACAUUGCUCGCAUAGAAUGCAUGAAAACUGAAUCAUUGGUGUGCCACUACUACCCAGCUUGUCCUGAACCAGACUUAACCCUUGGCGCAACUAAGCAUUCAGACCCCUCCUGUAUAACUGUACUCUUGCAAGACAGUAUUGGUGGCCUCCAAGUCCUCCAUCAAAAUCACUGGGUUGACGUUCCACCAGUGGAAGGAGCACUAGUAGCCAACAUUGGUGACUUUAUGCAGCUUAUCACAAAUGACAAGUUCAAAAGCGUGAAGCACAGGGUGCUGGCUGGACGUGUUGGGCCCAGGGUUUCAGUUGCAUGCUUUUUCUAUCCAAGUGCUACGCACAAAUUGCAGCCAUAUGGGCCAAUCAAGGAGUUUCUAUCCGAUAUGGACCCACCCAUAUACAGGGAAACUCAUAUUACUGAAUAUCUUGCCUAUUACAGAUCAAAGGGACUGGAUGGCAACUCAGCUCUUCCUCACUUUAAAGUCUUAACUUGAUGCCAAUGGAAUGUAAGUCUGAGGUACUUCAAAAUUACAAGUUGGGGAAUGCUUUAACUGAUACCAAGGAAGUCGAGAAGUCUAUGAUAUUACAGUUUGUUUAUAA